AUGCCUGGAAAAAAUAAGAGAUAAAAUACAAAAAAUAAAUCAGAAAAAAAUCUAGAUCAAAAUGAAUAAGAAGAGCAAAUAGAAUCAGCUAAAGAUAUUGAUAAAAAUAUAUAGGGUUAAGAAAUUAAAGAAGAAAAAAGUAGUAAUUUUAUUAUAUUUCAGAUUAAAGUAAUGAUUAGGUUCAAUAAUAAAUAGUGCAAGUUUCAAAUAAUGAAUAAACACAAGAAUAAGUUGAAAAUAAUGUUGAAUAAGAAUAAAAGGAUAACUAAGAAUAAAUUGAUAAUUCUAAUUAAGCAACAAUACAACAAGAUAAUAAUGAGCACAACUAGUUUAACAAUAUUUAACAAUAAUAAUAAUAGAAUUGCAUAACCUAAACAUAAUAAUAGACAAUCCAUACAUAAGAAGAAGUUUAAUAACCUUAAGAAUAAGAAUAGAUAAAUUAAGAAGAGUCUUAAGAUAACAAAUCUACAACUUUAGUUCAAUAGACAAUAGAAGAGAAUUAGUAAUCAUCAUAAGAGGAAAAAGUAGAACUUAUUAAUACUGGAACUUCUAAUUUAUAAGUAGACAGUGUUACAAAUCAAUAAGUUUAAUAAGAAAAUUCAAUUCAUGGAUAAAAUAAAAAUGAACCAUCCUAAUAAUUUGAAGAACCCAAAUUCCAAAGUCAACCUGCACAUGAUUCUGUUAAUGAUGAUAUAUCGAAACCCUCUUCAAAACCUAUAUUCUAAAGUGUAAAAUAAUAAAAAGAUGUUGAAUUACCUUAAGAGACUCCAAUCUAGGAACCUGUGAAGGAAGUUGAUGUCGUUAACAUUUAAUAAAAUGAAGUUGUUAUUAACGCUUAAACUCCUAUUAUUGUGGAAAAAUAGAAUGAUUCAGUUAUGAUUGAAGGUGCUCCAUAAACUUAUUUGAAGAAAUAAAAUGAUGAAGUCAUUUUAGAGAGAGUCUAAGAAUAAAAAAUGGAAAAUUAAGAUUAAUAAACUAAUAUUGAAAUAUAACCAAAAAUACAUAUUGAAUAACAUUAAUAAAUUGAAGUAGAGAAAUAACCAUAAACUGAAUAAGCAGUAAUUAUACAAAGAACAGAAAAUCAAAACUAAGUUGAAACUUAAAAUAAUUAAAUUAAAAUUGUAUCAGAAGAAAGUACAAAAGUGUAAACAGAGAUGGUUAAUGAAGAUGUUUACAUAUAAGAAAUGCCAGCUGUUUAAUUGAAACCUCAAUAAGAAAUUGAAAACGAAGAAAUCAAUUUGAUAUCAUAAAACUUAGAAACACAAAUAGAGAAAUCUCCUUUAAUUGAAAUUCCAAUUAAUUCAUAAACUACAACUCUUCUUGAACAUCCUGUUGUUAAUUUAGAGGUUAAUCAAUUCAUCCAACAAGUAUAACCUAGUCCAGAUGUUAAAACAGUUUAAACUUAAUAAACACACUCUAUUGAAAAUAAGCCAUAAGCAAUUAUUGAGUAAUAAGAAUAGGUUUAAUUAACUGUGACAGCUCCUUAAACAGAAAAUUAAGUUAAUAAGAUUGAAACUAAUACAAAACCUUAAUAAAUUUAAAAAGUGGAAUCCUAGCAAUAAUAAACAUAAUUAGUUCAAGAAGAUGUGAAAGUCCAGGUUUAUUAAUAAGAUCAAACUCAUAUUGAGAAUCAACCAACUAAUGAAAUAAUUAAUAUAGAGAAAAGUGAGGUUAUUGAACAAAAACAAGAACUAUAAAUUGAAUAAAAUACUAAUCUUGAAGGAGCAAGUCAAAAUGACACUAUUGUUAAAGUUGAAGAAUAUCCUAUAGAUUAGAGUAAUAAUGUAUAAAUCUAAUAAUAAUAAUAAUAAUAAUAAUAAUAAUAAUAAUAAUAAUAAUAAUAAUAAUAAUAAGUUCUUGAAUCUGCUUAAAAUUAAACUUAAUAAAUUGAAGAUUAACAACCUUUAUUACCAUAAAAUGAUGGCGAAUAAUAACAAUUAAAUAGAUCUCAUCAUAAUACUAAUCCACCCACUUCAUAAAUAAUGACAUAAAUGCCUCAAGAAAUUAGUGCAUUGGGUUUGUCUGUUGCUGCAGCUGCUGGUGCUUCUUAAUUUAUUUUAAAAAAUGGAAUUAAGUCAAAAGAAGGUUUAUUUGCAGCUUUGGCAGGUUCAGCUAUCUUGUAUGCAGGAUAUAGAUUGUUUAAAUCAAAGAGUUAAUAAAAUUAAAAAUAAGAUUGAG